AUGAUAUUUAUGGUAUUUUCUAGUAUUUUCUAUACAUUUUCACUUAUUCUUAUUAUUUUCAGACUUUCCCCUAUAUUGAAAAACAAGAUGGUAAGGUAUUCAUUUUCUGGUUUAAAGGUUUUUCAAAAAUCGAAAUUCAGCUAUGAAAAUUCUGUCGAAUAGAUUGAGAGUGCCUGGAAAAGGGAACACACGAUUUGAAAGUAAGAUACUUAAUUUUAAAAACAUAUUUUAAAAAAUCUUGGAAUUUCAGCUGGAUUCGAAAUGACAGACGACGAAAUGUUGAAUGUUGUCAGAAAGUUUUUGGAUUAUCUGGAAACUACGGGAAAAACAUUCAAAUAUGUCAAUAGUUUUUCGAUAUCUUGUAAGUUGUAUUUGUUGUUCACACGAAAUUAUAUUAAUUCUGAAAAUAAGAGACAACAUUCAUUCUUCUAUCGCAUCCUAUCCUUCUUGUCCCUUAAUCUAUCUUUUUUUAGUUAUGCAAAAAAUAUUGGAAAAACUCAAAACUGAUCCAACUUCAGCCGUCGAAAUAUUUGAACCAGAAAUGCGAGAAGAUUUGAAAGAUUUUUAUGUGGAAUUGAAACGAGAAGUUCAAAUAACUAAAAUUGAUAUUUAUGAUGUUGUUGAUCAAUGUAAGUUUUUCAAUUUUUAAAAAUUAUAGUUAAUAUUUAAAAUAAAUCCGUACUUUAAUUUUAGUCAUCCGGUAUGCAAAAUAUAUCAAAUUAUCAGCAAAUUGGCCGAAUACAGUAACCAUAGGACGUUAGUUUCAUUUUUUAAAUGAAUAGUUUUCCAUGAAAAGGUUACUGGAUUUUUCCAGAAAUGAGACGAGUUCUAGUGAAAGUUCCGAAUCACAUUAAAUAUGGAAUAAAUACGGAAGACAAUUAUUCAAUUCCUAUGGAAUUUGGUGAACAAACGACGAAAGAAUGUGUUCCAAAAAUAAGCUUGACUGAAAAAAGACGAAGAAAUGCCAAAAAAUGUGAGUUUUAUUGUUAGUUAAAUUCAUUUUGAAAACAAAAUAAUUUAAGCGAAAGAUGAGAUUGCGGAUAUAAAUAGAAAAAGAUCGUUAAUUUGGAGACAACAUUUUCAAUCGCCGGCGAUUUAUCAACCAAGAACAGAGGAUUUUCGAAAUUACAGAAAAAUGGAAAAUUCUAGAAUGUAUUAUAAUCUUCCAGUUCUUGAUUAUUAUCCGACAUCUUUGAAAAAACAAGAAAUCAAUAACAAUAAUAAUUAUGUGAAAAAUUAUAAACCAAUCCAGAAACGAAUUGAGAUAAUUGAGAAACGUAAGUUUAAAAAAUAUUGUAAUUUCCAAAAUUUUUUCAAUUGAAUGUUGUGAAAAAUUUAUCCAAAAUACCUUAAUUUUUUAAAAAUAUAUAGUUUUUUUUCGUAAUUUUCGAGUCAUAAUGAUGAUUUUUGUCUUUUACUGAUAAAUUAAGUAGCACAGUAAAUUUUCACAUUUCAUAUAUUUUUUAUCCUUCUACUGUGAAGGGGAAUCGGUGAACAUUUCAAAAACUAGAUUUUUUAAAGACAAAUUAGUUCAUUUUGAGAAUAUACAAUUUUCCCCCAAGAAGACAUUCAUCGGAUUUGCAGCCAUCUUUUUGCAAAUCCAUUUUUCCAGAAUUUCCAAGACAUAUUCCAAUCAUAAUGCCGAAAUUCAAAACGUGUACUAAUUUUCAAAUGCAGAGUAAGAUUUUUUUGAAUUUCAUUUUCGAAAAAUAUACAGUGCGUUUCAUAAUGAUAGGUUCACCCCCAAAAUUUCUGAAAUCAGCCGAGGUGUGAGUUGUAAUAACAAUCCGAGUUAAAAAUAAAAAAGAGCACACAAAAUUAGCUAAGAAAACUCAAUUUUAUCUGAAACUACCAAAUAAUAAAAAAAUAAAUGACCGGAGUUCAAAAAUUUCAAAAAUUUAGCGUUUCAAAACGAUAGGUUCACCCGCAGUAGUACUGUAGUUAUGUUUCGUGGUAGGAGUUUUAUCGAAUAUUCUGGAAAAUACGAGUGAUAUUUGAUUAUUUUAACGUGUUUCUGUUUUUGUUCUCGUUUUUUCACGUCAUUCAUCAAUGUCGCGGGGAAGUCAUCUUACAAAAGAGGAACAAGCUCAAAUUAGAGCAUUCAAAAUCGCCGGAUGGUCCAAUAGAAUGAUUUCGUCAAAAUUGAAACGAUCUCUCAACUGUAUUAAUCAAUUUGUCAACAAUCCGGAUCACUAUGAGCGAAUGAAAAACACUGGAGCUCCCAAAAAACUCACGGAGAGAGAUAAACGAGGGAUUGUUAGGUUGGCUUCGAACACAAUGAAAUCGUGUAAUGACAUCAAAAACGAGCUGGGUUUGAAUAUCAGUAAGACUACAGUUUGGAGAGCCAUAGACCAAUCCCCAGAAAUCGUUCGAGCCAAAUUGGUGCCAGCUCCGCGUCUCACACUUCGCCACAAAGACAACCGUCUUACUUUCGCAAAAGCCAACAUGGCCACAGAUUGGGAUAAGGUAAGUAAUUUUUCUAAAAACAUCAAAUAUUGAUGUUUUCUUGUUCAGAUAAUUUUUUCUGACGAAAAAAAGUUUAAUCUUGAUGGUCCGGAUGGUUACAACUCAUACUGGCAUGAUAUCAGAAAGAAUCAACUUCGCUUCCCAAAGAGAAAUUUUGGAGGAGGACGGGUUAUGUGUUGGGGCGCAUUUUCUGCAGCUGGAACGUUAAAAAUAGCUUUUGUUUCAUUCAAGAUGGAUUCGUUAGAUUACCAAAAAACCCUCCAUGACUAUCUUUUGCCAUAUUUGAGGCGGUUCCGGACCAGAAAGUUCACUUUUCAACAGGAUAAUGCUGCCAUCCACGUCAGCCAAUCAUCAAAAGAUUGGUUCAAAAGCCACAAAAUCAAAGUUUUGGAUUGGCCAGCGUGUUCUCCUGAUCUUAAUCCGAUGGAAAACGUAUGGGGGGAGCUCGUUCGCCGAGUUUAUGCUCAAGGAAAAAAUAUGAUACUGUGGACCAACUCAAAGAUGCCAUCGAGACGGAAUGGAAUAAAAUCGAUAAGAACUACCUCAAGAGACUUGUUGACUCGAUGCCAAAUCGUCUCUAUGAUGUCAUUUCUAAACAUGGAGGUCCAACUAAGUAUUGAUUUUCGAUUAUAUGUCUCCAAUGGGAAUUCUGGAUUAGGUGAACCUAUCGUUUUGAAACGCUAAAUUUUUGAAAUUUUUGAACUCCGGUCAUUUAUUUUUUUAUUAUUUGGUAGUUUCAGAUAAAAUUGAGUUUUCUUAGCUAAUUUUGUGUGCUCUUUUUUAUUUUUAACUCGGAUUGUUAUUACAACUCACACCUCGGCUGAUUUCAGAAAUUUUGGGGGUGAACCUAUCAUUAUGAAACGCACUGUAUAUCUAUGUCGAUAUUUUUCAGAUGCUCGAUUUCCUGUUUUUGUUCCAAAAACCGCUGUCAAACAGUUCAUAAAUGUUGGAAAAGAAAAUAUGGAAACUAUCAAGAAUCGACAAAUGUGUAAGGAAUUUUUUUUGAGUUCUAAAUAAUUUUCAAAUUUAAAACAAUUGUUUUCAGUUAGUCUACAUCUUCAAAGAUGCCAAUUCCCAAUCACAGAUAUCUCAUUGUAUUCUCAAGAUGGUAAGUCCAAUAAUUUCAAGCAAUAAAAAUGGCAUUUUUCUAGAUAUUCUUCGAAACUUGCAUAAUAUGCCACAAGAAUAUCGUCUGAAUUUGGAGAAAAAAAUUGAUGAAAUCCAAAACCGUUAG